GUCGUGUCAUAUCUGUGAAUAUAGAUGUAUUACAAAAAGUAAUUUGCAAACACAUUUAAAAACGCACACUGGAGCAAAACCUUGUUCGUAAGCUAUCUGUCAAAAUAAUAAUACUAUUGACAAUAUUUCAAAGUGGGCGACAUGUACGAGAAAUAAUUUAUGCAUUAACGUAGAAAAGACAUGUUAUAUUAAAUUUAGUAAUUAUGGAACAUUGAUUAAUAAUCUUAUUAUAUAUUGCAAUGGACAAUCUGUUAAUGAAAUGACUGAAACAAAAUUUCUGGGAAUAUUAUUGGACAAACAUGUGAACUGGAAAGCCCAAGUUGAAAAGAAACUUCUGAGAAGAUUAAAUCAAAUUCUACUGAUUGUAACAUAAACGAUGUUCGUGAAAAAAACCUCGAUUUAGAAGAGCCUACUACUCGUAUUAAAUCAAACCCUAAAAUUAAAAAAGAUAAUCAACCAAUUAAUAAAAAAGGAAAGCAUCCUGCAAAGAUAAUGAAAACGAAAAUUUUGAAACAAAAGAAUGUAAAUAUACUUAAGAAAAAAAUAUCUGGGACAUCAAAUAAAUACAUUUUUGAAUGUGAUGGUUGUAGUAAAAAAUUUUCAACAAAAGACAUUCUCGCCAAACACAUUUCAUACAGUCAUAAGUCGCAAAACAACUCAGACACCACUGCAGUUGGGACACAAGUUGAACAAAUUCCAGUACCACAACUAAAAGAAAUAUUUAAUUGUGAUAUUUGCGAAUUUAAAUCAUCUCAAAAACGUUGUUACAUUUUGGCACAUCUUAAAGCGCACGUCGCUAAACAAAUGUACUGUUGUAAUAAUUGUGAAUAUAAAUGUAUUAAGAAAAGUAAGUUGCAAACACAUGUGAAAAUACACACCGGUGAAAAACCUUUUUCGUGUAAUAUCUGUGAAUAUAGAUGUAUUAGAAAAAGUAAUUUGCAAGCACAUAAUAUGAAAAUACACACCGGUGAAAAACAUUUUUCGCUUAAUAUCUGUAAACAUAGAUUUAUUAGUAAAUGUGAUUUGAAAAGACAUAUGGAAAUACACACCGGAGAAAAACCUUUUUCGUGUAAUAUCUGUGAAUAUAGUUUUAUUACAAAAAGUCGUUUGCAAACACAUGAAAAUACAUACCGGAGAAAAACCUUUUUCGUGUAAUAUCUGUGAAUUUAGAUGUAAUAGAAAAUGACAUUUGCAAACACAUAUAAAAAUACACACCGGUGAAAAACCUUUUUCGUGUAAUAUCUGUGAAUUUAGAUGUAAUAGAAAAUGACAUUUCCAAAGAUAUAUGAAAAUACACACUGGUGAAAAACGUUUCUCGUGUAAUAUCUGUGAAUACAGAUGUAUUACAAGAAGUAAUUUGCAAACACAUAUAAAAACACACACUGGAGCAAAACCUUUUUCGUGAGCUGUCUGGCAAAAUGUUUACAAUAUUGAGUAAACGUGUUUUAUAUAAAUAUGUUUGUACCAGAUAAAAAUCAAUUUUUUGUGAAUUUGUGAUGUAAUUACAUAACGAAUAGAAAAACCUUUCCGUGUUAUUAUCAAUGGUAAAAGUUCUUCCGGCUCACCUGUACUAAUGGGUGUCCCUCAGGGCUCGAUUCUCGGCCCAUUCCUAUUUCUAGUGUAUAUUAAUGACUUACCUUCUCUUGUAGAGGAUAAUCAUGAUAUAGUAUUAUUUGCUGAUGAUACUUCCUUGAUUUUUAAACUUAAACGUCAAUCGUUUAAAUGUGACGAGGUGAAUAAUGCUAUAUCAAAAUUAGUGCAUUGGUUUAACGUUAAAAAUCUACAUUUAAACGGAAAUAAAACUAAAUGUAUUAAAUUUACAACAACGAAUGUUAAAAAACUGAGUACCAAUGUGUUUUUAAAUGGGGAAGAACUGAGCCCUGUUGAAUCCACUGUUUUUCUUGGCAUCACUCUCGACGCAAAGCUUCAGUGGGGCCUCCAUAUAUCCUCCAUAUAAACUAGCAAGCAGACUAAGUUCUGCAGCCUAUGCUGUAAAAAAGAUUAGAGGUCUCACUAGUAUCGAGACAGGUAGAUUUUUAGAAGCUUUUACAAAAAUUUACUUCGCAAAUAUCCGCGUUAUAAAAUAAAAUGAUGUGUCUUACCUAGUAUGAAGAAGCACCUCCCGCCCUCCCUCAAUUGCGUGCACUAUCCCCGUCAACACUAAUCCCAGCACCGCUACUUCCAACACCACUACACUAGGCAAGACACACCACUGACGAUAAUACGACACGUGUUUCGCCUCUACACGAGGCAUCCUCAGGUGAUAUAGACUCUACGGUGGCUAACCGCUAAGUUCACUUCGCGGUUAAGAGUAUAGUAAUAUAUAGAACAAACUACACCAACUAUGCACUGUGCAUCCACGGCUGGUAAUCUUUGAGCAAAAAUCUUUGACCGUAUGAAAUGCAGUCAGCAAUUCAGAACAUGACGUUUCCCUCGUCCCUCCCACCUCCGGCCCUUUCUCGCUGCCGCCAUUUUGUCAUGUUAUUGUCGCGUAACUGUCAAGUUAGAAGUUUUCUUGGAAAUUUUUAUUUUGUUUUUCUAUGAAGUAUGAACUAACUAUAAAUUAUAAAUAAAGUUUUAUUGGCAUUUUACUGCUAUUUUACUAAAGCUUUUUUAUUGUUUAAUAGGUUAUUUAUUUCGACGGGACGUUUUCUUUAGCUUUAGUGUAUUUUGUAUAUAAUUUUUAGUUUCAAAAUCUAUUUUUAAGUGUUUCAUUCCCAGUUGUGCAAAUAACAGAGAAGAGUCUGACGAAGGCCAAAGAAACAAGUGGUUGGACUUUAUAAACUGUGACAAACUUAAAAGUACGCUGCAUUCCAGUAACCUUUUCAAGAAGCCUGCUUGGUCACAAAAUUUUUGAAUAAAGUGUUUCAUUAUGCUAAAUCUGACAUUAAUAAGGUUGGAUAAACUCAACACUAUUCUUUGGAGUAAAUUGAGUUAAGUUUAUCAUCAAAGAUGACAAAGAUGAUACAGUCCAAAUAAACUAGUGUGAUAUUUGAUCAGCCAUUAUAAAAAAGGUAUAAGGAAUAAUGUUGCUAUCAAUACACAUAAUAAUUGAUGGAAAUGUAUUAAAAUGGCAAGAUGAUGUGUACUAAACAGACUGCAAGCAUACUCAAUUGCGCUUGUUAGAUAAACUAAAUGAUGACCAUAUGAUUCCCAACGAAGUAAAAAAAUUAAGGUAAUAAUCAUGUAAAAUUUAAAUUGCAAAACAAUCGCCAUUCUAAAACUUUAGUUCAGAUAAUAUUUUUGUUGGGAUUAGUAAUAUGUUUAUAUUUUUGAGCAAAUCUGAUCUCUGUCCACACCACUGAAAUAAAUGAAUUAAUGUUAAUUCCAAUUUUAAGUGCAAAUUUAUCAUGUUCUGGAAUAUUGUGACGAAAUCUGUGUGUCUAAGGAAUAAAAAUAUUUAUAGAUGUGGUCACCGGCUCCGUGGCGUAGUGGCUUAGCAAUGAGUUGCAACGCUUGGAGCCACGGGUUGGAAUCCCGCACGGAACGAGUAUUUGUACGGCCUACAUAUAAUUGUUCCAGGUCUGGAUGUUUGUCCUUGUGCAAUAUAUGUUUGUAAACUGACUCCACAAUACAGGAGAAAAUCCUAGUGUGGGGGUAACGUUUUUUUUUAAAAAAAGCACUUUGCCCAACUCAUUGUUUCAUACCCUUCUGAGAAAUGACACAGAGUCUGUGCCCCGCAGUAGAACAUAAACAUAGACUCCAAUAGAUAAUUGGCUACUUUACAAAUACUUUUAUCCUCCCAACCUUCUAUCAAAAAUCAAUGUACUUAAUUAUCUUAGGUAUCAAUGAUAAUUAUGUUUAAAAAUUAUUGGAAAUUUCUGUAUAAUUGUGAAAGCUUCUUAGAUUUAUGUGAAAGUAACUUUAUCUGAUUACAAUGGUCUCUUCUUGUCUUGACAUUUUCUAUGCAAACAUUUAUAAACAACAACAAUUACAAUUAGCGCACAUAUUCAAACUUGUAAUUUACAUAUUUAAAUAUUCAUUUUUCCAGCUCAAUACACUAGAUUUCGAAUAUAUUGAAGAGAACCUUUCCACUGAAAAUAUUCAAGUGCAAGCAGCAAGAGAGCAAUUAUAUGUUUACUGUAUAGCAUAUACCACAGAUGGGAUUCUGAAAGGCACGGACAUCAUUAGAAUCGAAAAGUGUACAUUGCCACCAAUGCAAAAAAGCCUUUAAACGAGUUU